AGGUAGGUUCUCGCGAGCGUCGGCGCCGGCCGCGCAGCCAACGAGGCAGCGCAGCCAGCAGCAGGCAGCCAGCGGUCCUCGUCCUCGUCUCNUGGCGUCGGCGCGCGGAUUUGGCCCGGGAUCGAAGCCGGGGUGACGUGGGCGCGGCGACCGCCAGUGGGAGCAGCCUUUGUUCGGCGCGAGGACGUCUCGGGGGUGAAGCAGCAGCAGCCGCCCGCCCGCAGCCAUGGCGGUGUUCGGCCUGGUGUCCGCCGUCGCGGGCUUCAUCAAAGUGCGCUUCCUCGUGGACAAGGCCAUCAUCGACAACCUGGUGUUUCGCUUCCACUACCGCAUCACCAGCGCCAUCCUCUUCCUCUGCUGCAUCCUGUGCACGGCCAACGGACUCAUAGGAGACCCGAUCAGCUGCAUCAACGAUGGUGCUGUGCCAUAUGACGUCAUCAACACCUACUGCUGGAUCACCUCCACCUUCACCCUGCCCCACCAGCAGGGGAAGCCUGUGGGGACGCAUGUGGCUCACCCGGGGCUGGGCAGCUACGUGCCCGACGAGGACGAGACGCGUUACCACGCCUAUUACCAGUGGGUCCCCUUCAUGCUCUUCUUCCAGGGACUUCUCUUCUACACUCCGCACUGGUUCUGGAAGAACUGGGAAGAAGGCAAAAUGCGUAUGAUCAGUGAUGGGAUGAGAGGCGUUUUGUGUUGCACAAAAGAAGACAGAAAGGAACGCCAGUCCAAACUCGUUCAGUACCUGUUUGACACUCUGCACAUGCAUAACGUCUAUGCCUUUGGAUACUUUUUUUGCGAGGCCCUCAAUUUUGUCAAUGUGUUGGGUAACAUCUUUUUCCUUGAUACUUUCCUCGGAGGAGCAUUCAUGACCUACGGUAGUGAUGUGGUUCGAUUCUCUAGCCAAAAUCAAGAAAAUCGCACUGAUCCCAUGAUUGCAGUUUUUCCUCGAGUUACUAAGUGUACAUUCCACAAAUUUGGACCUUCUGGAACAAUCCAGAAACACGAUGCAAUGUGCGUUCUUGCACUGAAUAUCAUCAAUGAGAAGAUCUUCAUAUUCCUGUGGUUUUGGUUCAUCAUUCUUGCUACAUUAACAGCACUUGCUUUACUGUAUAGUUUAGUGAUUGUUGUUCUACCAUCUACUCGUGAAACAAUCAUCAGACGCAGAUUCAAAUUUAGUACUCCAUCGGCUGUGAGCACACUUGUUGAGAAAACACAGGUAGGGGAUUUCCUUUUGUUGCAUCUUCUGGGACAAAACAUGAACAUGGUUGUUUUUGGAGAAGUUUUGGACGAAUUUACCCAGAAGUUGAGCGACUACAUGCACAACAACAUGCCCACUGCUCCAUCAACUCUUGAGAUGUCUCCCAUUUACCCCAGCAAGGACAAGUUUCCCAAAGAGACUGAAGCCUAGCCUUUGCUGAACUUCUGAAGAACACGCCCUCCUGGCUGUGAAUUUGCCUUUGUGUAGCCAAAUCAUUCAACAUUAUAACAACCAUAUUGUGUGCACAAGUGCAGUGUGAUCUUCAGAUGUUCGUCCACAUGAACUAUUUAUCACAGUGCUUUCAUAAUAGAUGUAAUGAAAAAUAAAUUCCAAAAUGCAGGGUUGUCCAGAGAACUUUCCCUGGUUUCUGUCAUACCACAACCCUGUCGUAAAGCAUGAAUGAUCAAAAGGUGCUUUUCUUCAAUGAUUGGAUCUGUUUGCAUGUGUUCAGUAAAUUUGAAUCCAAUUGUGGAAAAAUUAUAUAGACGUUAACUACUACUGAAACUUAGUUUAUAGAUAUAUGAAUAGUAGUAAUGUAAGGUAAUGUUGAGAAUAAAGGUUAAGACUUAUCUAGCGUAAGUAAUCCAAAAAAGCUUUGCUACUUUUACAACGAUUUUUAAAUUAGCCAAGCAAUCUUACUCAAGAGAUUGCAUUGAACUGUUAAUACUCCUAGGUCAAUUAAUGACUAUUUCCAGUUUUGAGAUCGAAAGAAGACUUGCGAGUUAGUUGUAGGCAUUUAAGUUUAAGGUAUCUGGGGUGGGUAGUGUUAUGGAAAUGCUCUUCAGAUGGCAGCUAUUUUGUUUUUACUCCGCUAAUUGCUAAAAAAAACAUAGAUAGUAUAUACAGAAGCAGUAACUGAUGAGAAUGUUGAAAGAUGCAAUAAUCUUUUAAAAUGUAUGUAUGACUGCUGGGGAAUUGCAAGAAUUAGAUAUUGAAAAAAUGAUAUUUUUUAAGAAUAAUAUUUUAUUAUAUAUUUACAAUGAGUUUGUAAUUCUAGAGAGAUAAUGUCCAAAAAUGUUGGACAGUGAAGACUUGUGUAGGAUUUCUGUAAAGUUUUGUAGUAAAUGUGGAAUGCCCAUAUAACAUGGUUGUUUGAGCCCUGUGUAAUAAAGAUAAACAGUAUUAUUGUACAGCAGUUUUUUGAAAUGAAGUUUUUACAUUACCAAAUUUUCCUCAAUUGUUUAAAACAAAGUUACAGAAUACUGUUUGUCUCAAACUUAACAUGCACUCAUGCCCCUAGGUAAAAAAUAUUUACCUGUGGAUUGUUAAGCAAUGGCACUUGUUCUGAAACAAUUUAUUAAAAGUGGCGUUCUGUACUAACAUUAAAUAGCUUCAAUGAAAUAUAACCCAGUUAAAAUUUUAGUCUUGCAAGUGAUUAUGCAAUUUGAUUCAAUUCAUGCAAGUCAUUUGGGACAAUUAAUUUUCAACUUUCAAUAAUAAUUUGUUUAGUAAACAACAUCUAGACAGAUCUAUUUACCAUACGUACUAUCAAGUCACUAGUUUGUUUUGAGGAAUUAAGUUGUGAUAAUUGGAAAAUCUCAAACAUUGAACAUUUAACUGAAAUUUAAAUUUUUUAUAUCAAGCAUAGCAUCUUUACAAAAUGCUUCGUGAUUGAAAGUUUUGUAUAAACAGCUUCACAACUAAUCAUUUCUGCCUUUUACGUGCCUAUAUACUUCAGAUAUUUAUAUUACGCUCCGUCAAAUAUUUAUGAAAAGAAAACCACUAUAAAUAAGCGAAACCAGCAAUAAUUGUAAGAAAAGCAAAGAAAAAGAAAAUAUGGCAAUGAAUAAAAUGAAAGGGAAAAUUUGUGUGAAACCCUUGCAAUUUGAUGACUCAAAACUCCAACCCCCGUGUUGAAAAAGUGAGCAACACAUUUGAGAUCUUAGAAAUUUCUUAUUGCAAAAGAAAGUUAAGUGAAAUGUACAAUUCUAUAAGUCAAUCAUUAGAUUUCAUGCUUCAUUCAAAUACUUGUUCACCACACCCUGAUGACAUGAGAAUAAUGCACUGUGAAACUCUGAUUUUAUACCUUUGAUACUCUUCAAAGUUUUAGUGCUUGGUUCCAUUACCAUGAGCUGCGGUAAUAAAAUAUAGUGACGAUUGCUGCUUUGGUAACUUUCAGAAGAGUUAUUGAAUGAAAAGAAGUUUAUUUGCAAAAGCAUAGUUGAAUUGAAUUUAAUGAAAUAAAGUAUACUUCAUUUAAAUCUAAAUUAAUUUAAACAAAUCAGACUUAUUUGUUUCUUUUGGCAUCUAUAAACUGUCAUGCUAUUAGUCUAAUUUAAACAGCUGUACAUAAUUACAUUUCUUUUCUUUUUUAUUACAUCUUUAAAAAUACCACUAAGUUUCAAAAUUCAUUCAUCUUAUAUUCACACUGUUUGAGAAAGCAAUUUCACACAAUCUUGUAUUAUAUAAUUUUGCUCUUGGCCAAGACACAACAGAAAUUAUACUAUUUUUAAUCAAUACUAAUGUUAAAAAAAACUACUGGGUGUAUUACCAAGAUUUAAUUUAAAUAAUUUCUCUCCAAUUUUAUACAUUUUUUAAAAUGUGGAUUGAAAUUGUUUAUUUUCUGAUAAUAUUAUUGCUCAUUAUAUUAUUAUAAGAUUCUGUUGCAUUCCAUCACCUGCAAAAAUUUCAUUGUGGUUAGAUAAUAUGCCUAUCCAUACACUAAAAAUUGUAUAAAUAUUGAAAAAAUGGAUUAAUUUAAAUGGAUCUGGAUAACUUUGAUGACAGGCAAACCUAUCAUCUUUUUUUUGAUGGCACAACUUCAACAACUGAUUUUAAAAUAAAAUUACUGAGAUAUUCAAGGCAUAUUUUAAUGGUACAAAUCUUCAUGAGGUUAAAAUAUAAAAGAUCUAGAUAUCUGAAAUGUUACACACCCAUACAUAUGCAGUAUAAUUGAUUUUAAUGUAAUAAAUCCACCACCAUGGUUGCCAUACACAAAAUCUCUUUAUAAACUGUGUCUCAAUUAUACAUCGUUAAAUUUUAAGUUUCUGCUUUAUUUAUCAUGCUUGGUAGAUGAUUGGGUAAUGAAAAAUGCCACUAGUGGGUAAUUCUGUCUGCUUUUUGUUUUGUUCAUUAUCAGUACAAUAAUUUUUUAUGGAAAAAACUAAAAAAUUGAACCAAAAAAAUAUAAUACUUCUUUUCCAAAUUUAAUGAACUGGAAGUAUCUCACAACUCUCAUUGUAAGUUGUUUUGAAUUAUUAUAGUAAAUUUUAGACUUUUGAGUGGUAUGCGUGCUAAGCAAUUCUGAGUCAAUGAAUAAUACAGAUGACUAAGGAUUGGUCAAUAGUUUGCCUCUUGCUUUACACAUUACAAUCAAAUAAAAUCUGCAGCCUGUUUGCUGAUGUAUAACAUAGAAACAGUAUUUUUUUGAUCAUUUGUUGCCAAGAUUUGUUGCUACCUUUAUAAUACAACUAAGUAUAAUAAAAGAAGUGGUAGGCUUUCUGGUGCUUAAGUAAACAUGUGCCAAUUUAACAUGUUCCCAUAUUCUAUUUCUUGAUGUUAAAUAAAUUAAUGGGAUUUGAACCUAUGCUUUUCAUUCCAUAGACAGUUCCAUUAAACCAAAUCUCUCCGUAAACUGUGUCCCAAAUAUACAUCUUUAAAUUUUGAUCUUCUGUUUUAUUUAUUUAUCAUGCAUUUGGUAUGUGGAUAAUUUUGUCUGCAUUUUGGUUUGUUCAUUACCAGUACAAUCAAACGAUUUCACGUAAUUAAAAAUUUGAGCAAUUUUUACUGACCCUUCUCAAAUAUAUUUUGUCUACACACAAUGAUCUUACUGGGAGUGUAACAAACUAUUUCUUUCACAUACAUCCUCUUUGGAGAAUGAGAAGCACACAUACAGUGGACACACACAACCCAAACUAAUAAAUACAAAGGACUGCAGUAUUGUUGAGAAAGUACUAUCAGACCACUAAUUAUAUUUACAUUGAUUUCAUUUUUGUUAUGAAAUUUUUUUCCAACUAUCAGUAAAUUUAGCAUGCAUUUACAAUGCUGAUAACUGAUAUUAUUACAAUUUAGCAUAUAUAAACAUUAUAAACAAACUAAUUUUUGGUAUGAAUCUAAAACAGAGGCAGAGUUUUUAUUAAGUAACAGGCAAGGCAAGAGUAAAUCUGAAAAAUAUGAAUGUAAGAGUCAGACCAAGAUAUAAGUCAACCAACAAAAAAGAAAAUGUUAAUGGAGAAAAGUUAAAAUAAAUGUAACUUCAAAGUAACUUCUCCCUACACAGAGUUUUUAACUGUUUUUGACAUAAAUAAGUAAAGAGAUGCAUCUAAAAUUAUGAGACACACUUGAAAAGAGAAGAUACUACUAUUAGAUAACAUUUAAGAGGGUUAUCUUAAUAAGCAAGGUCAUGUACAUGAGAUGUUUUAAGGAACUUUAAGAGUUGACAGAAAUUAGUAGAAAAUAUAAUAUUUUGAGAAAAUACAUGCAGAGGACACCAAUAGAUUUUCUUAGAAGUCAGGUUUAUAAAAUGUAAAAUGAAAUGGACUUCAUCUCUCAAUAAUUCUAUUUUCUAAUAUAGGUCAACUGAAUAUUUAAAUUUUUUUUUCUUUACAUAAGAAUCAAAAAUAUUUUUUCCUGACAUAAAACAUAAUUUACGUGAAACUUGAACGAAAAUAUAAAUUAAAAGUUUUAAAAGUAAUUUCAUGAAAAACCUUGAUAAUUUCUGUGGAGUUUCAAAGCAUACAAACAGUGUCUAUCUUGAGGCCUUCGCGCCAUCCAUCAUUGAGUAAGCAAAAUAUUAACCUAAUGUUCAUUUUAAUGGCAAAAAAUAUUUUAUUUUAUUUAUAUUUUAUUAUUACCAAUUAUUUUUUGAUCAAGAAAAUGUAGGGUUUUCUGCAAUUAUAUAAAAUUCAAUCUAGAUAUUGAGUUUGGCUGAAGGAAUUCUCAGAUCAAUAUUAAAUUGUUGAACUUUAAAGCAAAAUUUUAAAAAAGGCAAGUUCAGAAAAAGGCCAAAACUAGAAAUCUUAAAAUCGUAAGAUAAAUACCAAUAACUAAUUUAUUUCUUUUCUUAUUUCAUUUGUUCCCAUUACUUUCCCAUGGUAAGUUGCUAGAAAACGUUUUCUAUUUUUGUUAUUAGAACAACACUUUUUUUCUGUCUCUGUCAAGAGACUUUUCCACUAAUACAGUAAAAUGUGUCUAAGGCAGAACCUUUGUAAUAUGGAAACUUUGCGGACAAAAAAUCUCAGAACGAAACAACUUUAUAUGUGAAAAUAACCACUAGAAGCGGAAACCUGUCCAAAGUGGAAAUGGAAAAGUUUUUGGAGAACGUAAAGGGACUAUUACCUAGCUAAGAUGAACAUUUAUUUUUAAAUUUCUAGCAAUAUCUUUGGAAUGGCAUAAUUCAAGGGUCACAUCAUGAGACAAUAGAGUGAAUGAUGAGUUUUUCCUCUUAUACCAGCUGUCGGUGAAUCAUUGGCCACUUCUGCAACUGUUUCGCUUUGUCAAACUUUGGUUAGAUUUUCUUGACUUUCUCACUGU